AUGGAGCCACACGUAUUUAGGGAACUUGCGGCAUUACUUGAGUCACGCAGCCUACUACGCAGUAGCCGAACUGUAUCUGUUGAGGAACAACUGGCAAUUUUCAUGACUGUUGUGGGACAUGCAGCACCAAAUAGAGUAGCAUGCGAGCAGUUCCAGCAUAGCUCUGAGACCAUCAGCCGUUAUUUCCACAUGGUACUUUGUGCUAUUAACAGUUUGGCUAAUGAGAUGAUCCAAAUGCCUGGUGGAGAUGAACCGGCUCAUCCACGGGUCCGCAAUACCCCGUUUAUGGACGCUCUUGGAGCAAUAGAUGGAACCCAUGUGCCGGUUAUUGUUCCCAAAGAAAUACAAGAGAGAUUUCGUAACAGGCAUGGAUGGAUUAGUCAAAAUGUAAUGGAUGUUGUGUCCUUCGAUAUGCACUUCCAGUUCCUUUGUGCAGGUUGGGAGGGAUCGGCAGCAGACAUGAGAGUAAUGCAGUCUUGCUUGGACGAUAGAAGUUUCUCAAUCCCGGAAGGGAAGUAUUAUCUUGUUGAUGCGGGCUAUGCCAACACCACAGGCCUUCUUGCACCAUACAGGGGAGAGAGAUACCACCUUGCUCAGUUUACUAGUGGCCGGACACAAUAUCGUAAUAUGAAGGAUAAAUUUAACCAUAGUCAUGCUCGUCUAAGGAAUGUUGUCGAGAGGGCUUUUGGUCUUCUUAAGCGUCGUUUCAAGAUCUUGCGUGUUCCGGCACCUUUCUCAGUAGAAACGCAACGCGACAUUGUCAUCGCAUGCGCUGUAAUCCACAAUUAUUUAUGCAAGCACACCAUCUGUGAUCCCAACUUGGAGCAAGAUCAGAACCGUCAUGUCGAUGAAGGUAGCUAUCCGAAUGUGGGAAGACCACAUCAAAGCAGUGAUGGUGGACGUGGCACAAGUCAGUCAGUCCGAGAUAGUAUAGCUCGACAAUUGUGGUUAUCCUAA